CGUUACGCCAUGUGGCAUGCCACCUAAGAUUAUUCUGCUGACUCAUCAUUAAAAUGCCAUGCCAUGUAGGAUUAAAAAACUGACAAUUAAAGAAGAAGAGGAAUACCAAGCGCAUUUUUCAUUUCCGAUUAACUGGUACGGAGCACAUAACCUUUUUAAAUUAUUUUUAGGGUUUUUCUCUUCCUUCUCCUCCCUGAAGAACGAUGAUUUGCUCUAUUCAUAGAAUAUUUGACGUCAUGGCCUCGCUGGGAGGAACGAAUAUUGUAACCAACGUGGUCAAGAAGGAUGCGAAAGUUCUUUAUUACCGCCACGAGAGGAAUUCUGCCCGUCACUCCAAGCCACCAAUUUGGACAGGGUUUCUUUUGAAAGGUUCCCGAAAUUUUGGUCUGGGAUUUCACACGAGAGAAGCUUUGGAGUACUCGUGAUUUUGGUCUGGGAUUUCGCACGCCAUUUUGGAGUACACGGAGAUAAACCUAAAGCACAUCCCAGGCAACCAGACAUAGCGAGAGAACUAAGGGAGAUUGACUUUUCAAUCAGAUGGGUUGCAGUGAUGACACAGCGGCGGUCGAGCAUCGGCGACAAAGGAGGAACUGUGAUGGAUUCUAGGAGGGGUAUUGUCGAAGGCUUCUUCUGGAAGCCGCGCUUCACACAGCGCAGAUCGGAGAGGGAAAAGAGAGGGAGUACUCUAUCGACCAGAAUGAAAACAGAGAUGACGGGCAGUACUUUAGGAACAAUGCAUCUUGAGGGAGAGGUAAAGGUGAAGGUCGUGGUUGCAGGAGUACAAUCAACAAUUCUUCAUCUU